GAAGUACGAGGGUAUCGCCCGGCAAGAGGGAAGGCGACAGGCCUUCUGGCCUCUUCUCGAGGAUGCCGCCGCCUCCUCGUCGUCGGCGACGACGUGGAUGUACGCGCUUCUCGACGAGGGUAGUCUACUGCCGGACACCAGCAGUGACGUCGUCGAGAAUAAUGACUCGGUGGCCGCCGCAAGCGAUGGCGCCUGCGUGAACGACCGCAUGCUGCAUUAUCAUCAACACCAGCAUCAGCAGCAUCCUCAUCAGCAACAACAACAUCAGCAACAACAACAACAACAGCAGCAGCAGCAGCAACAGCAACGUCAUCAUCAUCAUCAUCAUCAGCUGCAGCAACAGCAGCAGCAUCAUCCGUCGGCGGGGUCAGAACUGGACGAUUUCCUGCGAUACCGCGGUACCGGAACCACGACCGGACAGAGACAAGAGGAGAUGGUGGCGCAGGAAAUGGCACAGGGCUACACGCAGCUCCUGCACUCGGCGGCGGCGGUGCCGGCCCAGGAGACGCCGGAAUACAUCUCGCUGGAGGAGCUACAGCCGCGCAUCCACCAUCAGGAGCAUCACCGCACCGUGCACGACACCUGCACGCAACUGGCCACGUCCGCCUCGCAACUCUAUCAUCAGCAUCAUCAGCAUCAGCAACAGCAGCAGCGAAACGGCGGCCAGCAGCAGCAACACCAACGAGAUUAUUAUAAUCUCUCGUCCGUGCAAAGUUCGUGCCCCACGGUUUAUUUCGGCGAGAUAGGCACGGGUUCUGGGGUGGGAGAGCUAACCACCGCCUCGGCGGGGGGUGGUGGCGAAGGUCUCGCCCCGACUCCAACCCCCGCCAGCAGCAGCAGCGGCAGUACCGCCAGUACCACCACCACCCCCAGCAGCCCAAGCACGACCACUACAACUACCACCACCACCACCUCCACCAGCAGCACCGCCACCAUCCCACAGGUUGCAACGGGGGCUGAACCGCCCCAGCACAUGGAGACACCCCCGACGAUGGUCCCCGACCAGCAGGCACCCGCCUCCGGCCAUCACUAUCACCACCAUCACCACCAUCAUCAUCAUCAUCAUCGGCAUCAUCGUAGCACGUCUACCACGCCUAGCCAUGGACCGGCGACCGACACCUCCGACGAGUUUGCACCGGUUUCCAGGAAGCGGAAGCUUUCUUGCCACGUUGGAAGCGAUCUCUUGGACGACCUGGGAGACGACGCUAAAUCAGUUCGCACAAAUGACGACAGUAAGAAGCAGAACCACAGCGAAAUUGAGAAGCGCAGGAGGGAUAAGAUGAACACGUACAUCACCGAGCUGUCGGCGAUGGUACCGAUGUGCCACGCGAUGUCGCGGAAGCUGGACAAGCUGACCGUGCUGCGAAUGGCAGUUCAACACCUCAAGACUAUCCUCGGCGCGGUUACCUCAUACACGGAAGGUCACUACAAGCCCGCGUUCCUCACCGAUCAGGAACUCAAGACGCUCAUACUUCAAGCUGCGGAGGGCUUCGUCUUCGUGGUGGGCUGCGAUCGCGGAAGAAUUCUCUACGUGUCCGAGUCCGUCUCGCAAACUCUCAAUUAUUCUCAGGGCGACUUGCUGGGUCAAAGUUGGUUCGACAUCCUGCACCCCAAGGACGUUGCGAAAGUAAAGGAGCAGCUCUCGUCCUCCGAUCUCAGUCCGAGGGAACGACUGAUCGACGCGAAAACCAUGUUACCGGUGAAAACCGACGUACCCCAGGGCGUAUCACGACUUUGCCCCGGUGCGCGGAGAUCUUUCUUCUGUCGGAUGAAGCGUAAAGUCGACGGGAUCCGUUGCGGUGAGAUGCAGGUGAAGGAGGAAGCCGACACCGCCGCUGGCUGCCACAGGCGAAAGAAGCAACAAAACGUAGAUUGGAAGUAUUGCGUGAUUCAGUGCACGGGUUACUUGAAGUCCUGGGCGCCCGCGAAGAUCGGCCUCGAAGAGCAGGAGGGCGACGUCGACGAAACUUGCAAUUUGUCUUGCUUGGUAGCGGUCGGCCGGGUCCAAACGGCGAUAUCGACGGCCACGUUGUCAUCGAGAAAGCCUCAUUCAAGGCCCAUACAGUUCGUCUCGCGACACGCGAUGGACGGCAAAUUUCUGUUCGUGGACCAAAGAGCUACUCCAGUAUUGGGAUUUCUACCUCAGGAACUGCUGGGUACCAGUAUGUACGAAUACUAUCACCACGAUGACAUUCCUCACCUGGCAGAAUCUCACAAAGCCGCGUUGCAGACUUCCGAACGCGUUACCACGCAGAUCUACAGGUUUAGGAGCAAGGGCGGGAACUUUGUGCGGUUGCAGUCUGAGUGGAAGUCCUUCAGGAACCCGUGGACCAAAGACAUCGAGUACCUAAUCGCCAAGAAUUCCGCUAUCUUGUAA